ACAGUCCACACCAACAGUCACCUUCCAAACAGCACUAAGGUGAUGGUCUCAACCAGUCCUAUAAAAUCCUACUCAUCCCUCUUCACUUUCACACAGCCAUCUUCAAUCCCGACCUCGGUCUCUCGGUUUUGGUUUCAAUUACAAGAGCAAUAGCAAGAAAUGGCCAUCACUUACCCCGUCCCUUCCUCCUCUUCCGCAUCCUCCGCCUUCCCCAUCAGUACUCCUUCCCCCUCUGCUUCCGCUUCUUGGGCCCCGUUUGUGAUAACCCAGAAGGAGAUCAACGCCUUCCACAACAUAGAUCGCACCCUCUACAACCGCCUCGUCAUCCACCUCCACCGGAACCCUGUGGGGUCGAUGCACGUGAUGGCCCUGUGGAUCUGGUUCGAGCGGCUGGGCUGCCACAAGGGAAACUUGGUGAACCUGCUGCUCGGGUUCCCUGAUAGCAUGAUCAAUGUCCUGGCAGAUGAGGCUGUGAUGUGCCUCAUGUGCAUCGAGUGCGAGGAUUUCCCACCUGAGAACGAUCAGCAGCAGAUACCCAUGACCCAAAGCCUCACAGGCGCCCCUCUCUCCGUCCGAUUCUUCUAUGAGAAUCGUGCUGAGAUCGGACCUGCCAUCCUGAAGAUAGUGAACGACGUGUGCCUCAAGGCUUUCCCAGAUAUAAUGCAAGAAGCGAUGCGGCUUCAGACUUCUAAUCGCCCUAGCAAUCACAAUAACUACUUUGCAAACAAUAAACCCAACACCAAUUUCCAUGUCCCAAACCCGAACCCCAAUACUCACUUCCAAUUCUCAAGCCUUAACCCCCAUUCCAACUUCCAUUUUCCAAACCCUAACCUUGGUCCUAACUUCAAUGUCCCAAACCCUAGCCCUAGUACCAAUUUCCAUGUCCCAAAUCCUAGCCCUCGAAGCGGCUUCUUUACCAGCAACCCUCGGGAUACCCCUCCGCGUGCCGCUCCUAGUCCAUCUUACAACAAUCGUCAGGUGAAUCUUCCCUUGCCAUUUCCAUGCUUCACCAAUCCGACCAUGCCUCCCACUUCGAGUGGUGGCGCGACAUCCUCUUCAAGUAAUGUUGCUCAAGUUGGUGCCCCGCCAUUUGUUAAGGAAGGAGGGUUCUUAGAUCUCCUCACAAAGCCAUCCCAUGAGUACGAGCUUGAGGAUCACAGAGAAUUCUUGGAUGAUGAGAUCACGGAGGUGCUGAAUCGCUUGCACCUCGAGGUUUUUGAUGCAAGUGGUGGUGAUCAAGAGAGGGCGCUCUGUGAAGAAGUCCCUCAAGAUGAGAGGACUAUAUUCUUGACAUUCUCAAAAGGUUACCCACUUUCAGAAAAUGAAGUCCGCGAUUUCUUCACGAGGAGAUAUGGCAACUGCUUCGAAGCGAUUCAUAUGCAAGAAGUGAGUCCUUCGGAGCAGGCUCUGUAUGCUCGUCUUGUGGUGCGAUCGGCCUCCAGCAUUGAUGUCGUGCUCAAUGGGAGGAGCAAGGCAAAGUUUUCUAUCAAUGGGAAGCAUGUGUGGGCCCGAAAAUAUGUACGGAAGGUCUCGAAGUCACCCCCAGGUCCAUCCCCAUCCCCGCCUCUAUCUCAGUCGCCGGUAUCGCCAUCUCAUAUGAUCAGAGCACCAUCUCGUAAUCCAUAUGUGCCAAUUCAAUUUGGAAACAUCUGAUCCCUCUUAGAACUAUUUUGGGAGCAAAAUUUAAGUUAAGGAUGCCUUGUACUUCUCUUGGGUGUGCUUUUAAUCGUACAAGGAUUAUAUCUACCAUAUGACAUGCAUGAAGAAAUAUAGUUUAUGUCUGUUGCUGGUAAAAACAUAUAGUUUCUGCUGCUAAGGUAUAUGAGGUUUCUAAUAUAUAAAUUCAGUUGCUCUC